AGUUUACCGAACUCUAUCGAGCUGAAUAAGGACAUCAUUAUGCCUGGUCUUAUUCAAGAAACACCAUUUAAACAUAUCACGAUCAAGGAGCUUGCUCCCACGUUCGUAGCUGAGGUUGGAGGAGUUGACUUCUCGAGGCCUGUGGAACCGGAAGUCUUUCAAGAAAUCCGGGAAGCUCUAGCUAAAUAUGGAGUUUGCGUCUUCCGUAACACCGGUCUCGAUGAUACAAGACACGUCGAAUUCUCCAGACUCUUGGGUGAACUUGACGAUAUCAAGCCAUACUUGACCAAUGGCCGCAAAGCCAAGUUCCCUUACUACGAACUCUUUGAUGCUGGAAACCUGGACGAUGAGGGCAAUGUCAUUCCAGUCGAUAGUCCGAGGACGCAUUACAAUAAGGGAAAUGGACUGUGGCAUGUCGACUCAUCCUUUAAUCCUCGUCGAGCAUCAUACUCUCUCCUCCUCGCUCACACAAUCCCCCCUCCUAACAACGGUGGCUCAACUUUCUUCGCCGACACCCGAACCGCAUUCGACGACCUACCCCAAGACCUCAAAACCCAACUUGAAGAAAACGAUUAUGUAGCAGCCCACUCUCUCUUCCACUCCCGUAAACUCGGAUCCCCAGAAUACUUUAAAGAUCUCAACCCGCUCGACAACAAAAUGAGUCGCCACAAGCUCGUCCAAACCCACGGGCCAUCCGGACGCAAGAAUCUUUACAUAGCCCGCCACGCGCACCAUAUCGAAGGUCUUUCUCCACAGGAAUCUGAUCAAAUGUUAGAUCGCCUAAUUGAGUUUGCUACGCAGCCGAAAUAUGUUUGUAGUGUGGAGUGGGAUCAGGAUGGGGAUCUGGUGAUUUGGGAUAAUACGUGUGUGAUGCAUAGGGCAACGGGUGGGAGUUUCGAGGGGAAGUUUAAGAGGGAUAUGAGGAGGACUACGGUUCAUGAUGGGAGCUCUACGGCUUGGGGGUUGAACACUGUGGGAGAUAGGAAAUUGGGGUUUGCGGAUCCGGCUUUGGCCAAGGCGGCGGAGACGAAGGCUUGAAACAUGACGGGAGAGAGGAUAAGAACAAAUGAGCACAAUUUUAGACAGAACUUGUCUCCUGACACUUUUAUUUCUGGAUAUCUACUAGUCCAAGGCUUAGUUGCUUUCUUUUCUUGAUGCACCAAUCUCCAAG